UUGUUUUAUUCCUUUUCUAGCCCUAGAGGGAGAGAGAGAGAGAUCACUGUGUGUAUAUUAUAUACAUAGAAACAUAUAUAUAUAUAUAUUGGGGGAGCAACCUCUACAGAUUACAGCGACUCAAUUUGGGCGGAUUGGAUCUCAUUUGAAAGGUACAUGCAUAUUUUGAAGAAUGGCAGAUGACAUUUCAAGCUUUUGGGGUCCUGUAACAUCUACCAAAGAGUGGUGUGAGCCAAAUUAUGUCCGCUCCUCCUAUAUUGCAGAGUUCUUUAAUACCAUCUCAAAUGUCCCAUGUAUUAUUCUGGCGUUGAUUGGUCUUGUGAAUGCCCUCAGACAGCGGUUUGAGAAAAGGUUCAGUGUCCUUCAUAUGUCAAAUAUAAUACUUGCCAUAGGGAGCAUGAUUUAUCAUGCCACGUUGCGGCAGAUGCAACAGCAAGGUGAUGAGACACCCAUGGUCUGGGAAAUGCUUCUCUAUUUUUACAUCCUUUAUUCACCAGAUUGGCAUUACAAGAGUACAAUGCCCACGUUUUUAUUCCUUUACGGUGCACUAUUUGCCAUUGCGCAUUCACAGAUUCGCUUUGAUAUUGGUUUCAUGCUACAUUAUGCACUAUUGUGCCUUCUUUGCAUUCCUCGCACAUAUAAGUAUUACAUUCAUACAGAAGACAAAUCUGCAAAGCAGAUUGCAAAGUUAUAUGUGGCCACUUUAUUAGUCGGAGCUGUUUGCUGGCUGUGUGAUCGUCUAUUCUGCAAGGACAUUUCGCGCUGGUACUUUAAUCCACAGGGUCAUGCACUAUGGCAUGUCCUUAUGGGUUUUAAUGCGUACUUUGCAAAUACUUUCUUGAUGUAUUGCCGUGCUCAGCAAAGAGAAUGGAAUCCAAAAAUCAAGCACUUCCUCGGAUUUUUUCCAUACGUAAAGAUCCAGAAACCAAAAGCUCAGUAGCAGAAGUUGUUUGCAUGAGCUCAUCCUGUAAGAAAAAAUGCGGCCAUGAAUUGGCGCCAAGUAGCUAGUGCCUGCAGUCAUCAUCCUGUAAGAAACAACGCGGCCAUGAAAUGGCACCAAGGAGCUAGUGCCAGCAGUCAUCAUUCUUUCGCUUCUCCAUUUUGCAGAAUAUUAUGUAAAUGAAAGUUUGAACUAGUUUUGACUGGUUUGGGUAGUGAUCAAAUUUUUGACUGUAAAAUUAGUGGUUUCCCGGUGUACCAUAUACUUAUACUCCCACAGAAGACUGAUAUGGACUUACUAGUAAUCUUUUGCUAAUGUUUUUGUUUUUGCAUUUUAGGAAAUGUUCUAACAUGGUUUAUUUUGUUAUUAUGUAAGCGCGAUAAAAGGUGGUUUUUGAUUGCGAA